AUGAGACUUGUGGUGAAAUUAAGCGUGCGCGAGCUGCAGGCACUGCUCCUGAAGAAGGCGAGCGGCGGCCGAGCGGACAAAAUGGCCGCCCUCCUCAUGAGGCACAUGGAGCGUCAGAGAGGACGCACUGUCACCCCAGCAACGGACAACAUCACUAUGGCAACAGGGAGGGGCCACAACAACGUCACCAUGACAACGGACCACAACAAUAUAGUUGCCAUAGAAACAGCCGCCUCAGUCAGAGAGAGAGUCAUCCACACCUCCAGGGGGCAGUACACACUCCGCUUCAGUAAAGAUGCCCAGUCCCCGGAGCGCCCGGAGCGUCUCCAGGUCACUUUCAAACCCACGGUCUGCAGACUGCGGUGCACACGCGGCCGCUGCGUUAAUGUGUGCGAGCUCGCUAACCUCACCACGGUCAGCAGCGGUGCAGAGGAGGGAGCCCCCUUCAGGGUCUUUGUGUGUCCGUUGCUGUGUCAGAAUGGAGGCCUGUGUUUACAGAAGGACCGUUGUGCGUGUCCUCCAAACUUCACCGGAAAGUUCUGCCAGCUGAAUGCCAUGGCCAAUCACAGCGCAGCUUCUCCUCCGUUCUCAGCCAAUCAGCAGCUGACGCACUCACAGUUCCUUCUCCCCCUUGGCGACAGCCCAGAGACACACACAGCAGGAGCUCCCGGUCGUCCCAUGGUACAUGUCAGAGUACAGCACCCCCCAGAGGCCAGUGUGGAAGUGCACCAGGUGAUCAAGGUACCAGCUUCUCAGCGCGCAGGGGUCACAGCGGGGUCUGCGGGGUUUCCUGCUCCCGGCUCCAGGGGCGUCCAGGCCCAGAGCGUCAGCGGAACAGGAACCUUCAACCACAACUCUGGGUUCAAGUACUGCUUCAGAGAGGUGACCGCAGGACAGUGCAGCUCUCCUCUCCCUGGACUCAGGAGCAGAGACACCUGCUGCAGAGGAGGAGGGAGGGGCUGGGGGAUAGAGGACUGUACCAUCUGCACAGACAAAGACAGCAGCCAUAACUGUCCGACAGGAUACGAGAGGGUGGACGGGAAGUGUGAAGAGGGCUUCAUCCUGGACGCCUCCCACGGCCUGUGUAUCUCCCACAGAGUCAUUUCAGAGGAGAAGGGCCAGUGUUUCCGCGUGGUCUCCUCUGGUUCCUGCUCUUUGCCCAUCCUCCGCUCCAUCACCAAACAGAUCUGCUGCUGCAGUAGAGUGGGUAAGGCCUGGGGGCCGGACUGCCUCAGAUGCCCCCCUUUCGGAUCAGCUGCCUUUAAGGAGACCUGCCCAGCUGGUCCUGGAUACCAUUACUCUGCAUCCGCCCUGCAGUUCACACAGAGAGCCAUCGAGCAGCUGGGCCACAGGGGGGCGCCACUGAUACCAUUCAACAUCACACACACAGGUCUGAGUCUUGACCCAGACCCAGUCCAGACCAAACCCAGUCCUGAUGCAGUCCAGACCAAACCCAGUCCUGAUGCAGUCCAAACCAAACCCAGUCCUGAUGCAGUCCAAACCAAACCCAGUCCUGAUGCAAUCCAGACCAGACCCAGUCCUGAUGCAGUCCAGACCAGACCCAGUCCUCCUCUGAUCCACACAAGUCCAAACAGACAGAAUGCACCGGCCUCUCCACAGAUCAGACCAGUCCCAGCCCAACCUGAGGCCAGAAGACCCUCUAGCCAUGGCUCCUCCCCCUCCUCCUCCACCUCUGGGUCCACAUCUCGGCAGGGUCAACAGAAUCCAAGACAAUCGCAGCCUCUUCUAGGGGUCUCCCACACACCUGAGCAGACCAGAUCCCGCCCCCACAGUCCGGUCACCACAACAACAUCCAAGCCCCGCCCCCGCGUUACCACGACGACCACAAAGCCCCGCCUCCGGAUCCCUGUGACCAUCAUGACCACGCGCCCCCCUGCAGUCCGUGAUGUGGAUGAGUGUGCAGACCCCUCCCAGUGUCCAGGGCAGAUGUGCCUGAACUCUGUGGGCUCCUACAGAUGUGUAUCCUGUCGCCAUGGUUAUAGACUCCUCAACCGCCAGUGCAUUGACGUCGAUGAGUGUCGUCAGGCGCCCUGCACCAACGGACGCUGUGAAAACACACCAGGAAGUUACCGCUGCGUCUGUCACCAGGGUUACCGCCUCCUCAACAACACCUGCGAAGAUGUGGAUGAGUGUGCAGACCCCUCCCAGUGUCCAGGGCAGAUGUGCCUGAACUCUGUGGGCUCUUACAGAUGUGUGUCAUGUCGCCAUGGUUACAGACUCCUCAACCGCCAGUGCAUUGAUGUAGAUGAGUGUGAGGAGAAGGGGGCGUGUCCAGGACAGAUGUGCAUAAACUCUGAAGGCUCCUACAGCUGUGUGUCCUGUCGCCAUGGUUACAGCUUAGUGGGUGGAGUCUGCACCGAUGUGGAUGAGUGUGCAGACCCCUCCCAGUGUCCAGGGCAGACGUGCCUGAACUCGGUGGGCUCUUACAGAUGCAUGCAGCAGCUGAAGCUGAGGUCAGCGCAGCACCUGCGAACAGGAAAACAGGGUUGCAGAGCGCGCAGGAGCCUGGGGAUGAACCACGGCCUGAGGAAUGACGUGCACUGCGAGGAUGAGGCGGCCCAGCCGGAAGAGCAGCACCUGUUUGGGACGUGA